GUUUCCAGAUGACACAUGUUGGCGGCGUCCUGACAACAGCACUCCUGUCGCUGCUGCUCCUCCUGAGCCUCGAGUCUUUACCACUGGUAGCCGCGGCACCAGCGGGGAAGUUGCUGCGAGACUCGGGUGACGGCGGUGCGGUGAACGACCCUUCAAAGAUGAACGCAGACGAUGCAGCACAGCUCGCUAUUGCGGUGUCUGCGCGUAGCAGCAGUCGGCAGUCUCGCCGCCAGUCCAGCCCCAGUCUGUUUGCUGGCACAGGACUCUCGGUUCCGAUCAUGCCCUUGGCGCCGUUAGAUCCGUUUCCGGAUCCGUUGCUCGAGCAAAGCUUUGGGACAAAUUGCAACGCCUGCCGAGCAAUUUUGCCAACUUUUCAACUGAUGGCGACAUUGACUGAUGUGGAAAGCAUUCGCAGCAUAUUCGUCAAUGCAUGUGUGGUUGCGGUCGAAACGAUACCAGUCCAAACUGUGCCAAUCAACGGCUCAAUUAUUUGCCCGCUGCUGAGCGACCGAUACGUCGCGCCGCUGGUGAACGCGCUCGGACUGACCACUUUGACAUCCGAAGAGCUGUGCGAAUACUUUGACUAUUGUGUCGUUUUGAACAAAACCCAAAACCGCCUCGGCCAGUUCCCGCCUCCCUACCAACCGAGCAUGGUCGUGGCCGGUUUGAGUGACACCAAGCAACGCAGCGAGAGGUCUGUCCGGCGCGACGACGCGAAUCCUCGCACCUACAGCGUCAAACGAGCCACGCGCGCCAUGGGCUUGUUUGCAAACGCCCUCGUCUCUUCGCUGUUUGGCUCUUCGACGACGCAAGUACCUCGCACCUCAAAAAAGGUCCAACCAACGACCGAGCCAUCGACGCAUCAGCAUGACCAUCCAGCACGCACGUCCAGAAGACACCCAGCACGCACAUCCAGAAAGUCUUCUGCAUUUGCCCUUCCAGUGCCCUCCACCACGCCAAAGUACGCGCCAGGCGAAACCAUCCGCCUGUUGCAAAUCACAGACAUCAACCUGGACAUGGCCUACGAGCCAAACUCAAACACAAACUGCGAUCAACUCGUUUGCUGCCACGCUAGCAAUGGACCAGGAACCGCGGGUCCGUUUGGGGACUACAACUGCAACACGCCGCUCCGGACUCUCCGAUCGCUGUUUGCCUACAUUAACGCGACCUUUUCGUUCGACGGAAACACUCAUGCGAACGACUCGACUGCCCCGAACGGCCGAAUCGACUAUGUGCUCUGGACUGGCAACAACGGCCCGCUCGACAUUUGGAACUCUUCCUGGAACCGGACGCUCGAGGCCAACCGCCUCGUCCGCGACCUCUUCCUGCAGACAAUGCCGAACGUCACCGUGUUCCCAGCGGUGGGAUCUCACGAUGUCUACCCGGACAACCUGUUCAACUACAACACCGACCAGUACAUACUCGACGCUUACGCGGACUUGUGGAGCCCGUGGUUUCCCAACAAGACUUUGCUAGAACCAGUGCAAAGGUUUGGUGCAUACACGCAACCUAUUCGACCUGGUUUGCGUCUGGUGGCCACCAAUUCAUACCAAAGCAACAAGUACAAUUACUUUGUGGCGUUGGAUCGGGCUCAGCCUCGGACGACAGAGCAGAUUGCGUUCUUUACCGAGACUUUCACACAAGCACUCAUGGCUCAAGAGCGCCUCGUGAUCAUUGGAAACAUCGCUCCUGGAUCUGUCGACGUGACCCCAACGUACAGUUCAGGGGCCAUACAAUUCAUCGCCGCGUUUCCGAACAGCGCGGUUCUCAACGUGUACGGCUAUGUGCACCGCGAUUUAUUCAGCCUCAUUCACGCCGUCACCGCUGGAAAUGCGACUGUGGAGCCCGACCUGAUUGUCGAUCAGCCCGUCGACGUGGUAUUUUCUGGUCCGCCCGUGUCUCCCAACUCCCAGGUCAAUCCGUCGUUCCGCGUGUACACGCUCAAUGGCACGACGUUUGAGCUGAUUGACCACGAGACGUACACUUUCGACCUGACUGGUGCCAACGCUGCUGCCGCCGCUUUGUCCACUCCCGCCACGGAUGAGCAGCUUGACGACAUUGCUCUCCGCUCAUGGGCCAAGCUGUACAACUUGAAGGAAACGUACAACAUGACGGACACAUCAGUCGCUAGCUUUGCCAACUUGUCGCAACGCAUUCGCAACGAGCCCGAGGUUGCGAACUUGUUUUCGACGUUGGCCGUCGGCGCAAGUGCUCCCGUUGCGUGUCCGUUGAGCACCUGUGGAGUGGAACACUAUUGUGCCACAGCCUUCUCGGUGAUCAACUAUGUGUUUGGCUGCGUUGUCGGCCUUUCGAGCACUUCAUCGUGAACGUGUUUGGUUGCAGCUUUACCUGCAACUCUA